CGGUUAUCCGCAGCCGGCUAGAUUACGGCUCCGGGAACACCUGGGAAAGGGGCGGAGUUACGAUCAGGAUGGGCAGGCCCGCAGACGCAUGCGCGCUGUGGUGUCCGAGGAGGAGCGGAAACGACUGGAGAAGGGACGCAUGCGCAGAAGACGUGGCAGCCUGCGUAAGGAUUGAGGAGCCGCUGCUGCGGAUCGAGUUAAUUCGGGCUGCUGUCGCCGGGUGGUCAAGAUGGAAGAGGACAUUUUGACUACUCUGAAGAUACUCAUCAUCGGCGAGAGCGGCGUCGGCAAGUCCAGCCUUCUAUUACGAUUCACAGAUGAUACAUUUGAUCCAGAACUUGCAGCAACAAUUGGUGUUGACUUCAAAGUGAAAACAAUUUCAGUUGAUGGAAAUAAGGCAAAAUUGGCAAUCUGGGACACUGCUGGUCAAGAACGGUUUAGAACAUUAACACCAAGUUAUUACAGAGGAGCACAGGGUGUUAUAUUAGUUUAUGAUGUCACGAGAAGAGACACUUUUGCUAAACUAGACAACUGGCUCACUGAAUUGGAAACGUAUUGCACAAGAAAUGAUAUAGUUAAGAUGUUAGUUGGAAAUAAAAUUGAUAAGGAAAACAGAGAAGUUGACAGAAAUGAAGGACUCAAGUUUGCACGGAAACAUUCCAUGUUGUUCAUUGAGGCAAGUGCAAAAACUUGUGACGGUGUACAGUGUGCCUUUGAAGAACUUGUUGAGAAAAUCAUUCAGACUCCUGGACUGUGGGAAAGUGAGAGCCAAAACAGAGGCGUUAAGUUGUCAAACCAUGAAGAAGGCUAUCGAGGAAGUGGCUGCAGUGGCUAUUGUUCCAUGUUAUAAACUUCUGAAGACUUAUCCUUUGGUUUAUUUAAAUGAAUAGUGAUGUCCUCUGUACAUAAACUCAUACUUGCUAUUUUAGGGACCUUGCAGUUUGCACAUAUUUGUUGUAUAUCAUGGCAGAGAACAUUUUUUAAAUCAGAAAAUGUGGUCUGCAGCUUUUCUGGUUGAGAAAUGUUAUGAUAAGCAUGCCUAAUUUUCAACUUUCAGGUUCUUUUAUACAUAGCAUAAGUUAUCCUUUGCAGGAACAAAUGCACUCAAACUUAAUGACCUUAAUUAUCAUGGAACUACUUAGGAAAGCUAUCUCAAAUACAUUUUGGCUGCAUUCUGCCUGACUUCGUUCUUUAACUCAGAAGUAUACCACUACUAAAGACACAUCUAUGAAAUAGUUCAAGUGGAUAUAUAUAGAAUUUGCACAUUUAAUGGGCAAAUGCUUCUCUCCCAGUUAAAUAUAACACGCACAUCCUCUUUUUAGCUUUAAAAAGUCCUUUCCAGCUUGUAACUAAUCAGUUAUGAAUUUGUGAUUUUUUGCGGGAGGGGUGCUUCUAAAAUUACUCAAUUUUACAAUCCUCACUCCAGUGAAUAGUUGCCUAAAGGCAAUUUUAACCCUGAUAGAUUUAUAAUGGCUCUAUGUGACACUAUUGUUUUUAUGAUGCUGUGUGCUUUGGAUGUGGUGAAUAAUUUCUUUUCCUUUGGUUCUUAGGCUUUCAGGUCUCUCAUUGUAAAUCACUUUGCCAAACUUUGCUUCUUUCUAAAUGUUGUUGAUUACUUUGGUUUCAGCAAUUCACUGUUGCACAUUCAUGGCUGACAGGUCUGAAUCAGAUGACUGUUCUCUUUGUGGCUAUUGGUUCUGAAGCUUAAAUAAUGUGUACAAGCUGUGUUCUGGAUGUGUGUAAAGAAUGUGCUCUCUUGUUUUUGGGGUUUGCUCUUGCAAACAGCCAGCAGUUGGCUUUGUUUUCAGAGAACUUGUAUAGACUAAUAAAUUUUUUUUCACAGUA